AUUUCUUUAUUUAUCCAAUGAGUGAAACCCUUACAUUUUAUAUUUGGCUCAGUAACAAAUAUGGCGGCGCCCGUAGUGUCAAAUGAAAUUUUGUUACAGAAAAUCAAAUGUUUCGCCAUUAUAUCAAGACUGUCAGUUAUUAUCUUGCAGAUUUUGUUUAACACAGUUUUACCAGAUCAUGAUGCAGCCGUAUUUAAUCCUGGGAGACAUGUUCAAACAGCAAAUUCUCAAACAAGUUUGGAUCAUAUUGUUACAUUUCUCCUUGGAGGUUUGAAAAGAUGGGACGGGGUGUAUUUCACUCAUGUUGCAGAGCAUGGUUACACUUAUGAAAACACACUUGCAUUUUUUCCACUUUUUCCGCUAUUUGUCAGAACCUUUGCAAAUUCAGUGUUGUUUCCAUUACAGUUCUUAAUGAGUUUUGAAAGUGUAAUACUUAUUUCAUCAACACUAGUUAAUACAUUAAUAUUCAUGAAAACGGCAGAAAUCUUAUUCAAACUAGGCAAGCUUGUAACUUGUAAUGACACCGUAGCAUACACAGCUUCCUUACUAUUCUGUAUAAAUCCAGCCUCUAUUUUUAUGUCAGCUGUUUAUUCAGAGUGCAUUUUCUCAUAUCUAACUGUCACAGCAUUAUUGAAACUAGAAGAAGGCAGAAAAUUCUCAGCUGCGAUAUACUUUGCUUUUACUUGUUUAACACGUUCAAAUGGCUUGAUCAAUCUCGGCUAUUUAGCGUACAUUCUAGUCAAGAAUGCUUUGCAGACUUUAGGAAGAUUGUAUAAGGCAGUUAUGGUGAAUGCGAGUAUGCUAAUGACAAUUCCGUGGAUAUACUUCAGUACAACGAUUGUACCUUACAGCUUGCUGAUAAUGAUAAGUGUUCUUCCUUUCAUCAUUUACCAGUAUUAUUGUUACCAGCUAUACUGUAUGAAGGAGUAUACUUUAGAAAUACCAGACCAUAUUAUGCAGUAUGCAAGAACAGAAGGAUUGAAGUUACCAAGUGACAAGUCAUCUGAGUGGUGUAAUGCUUCUCUCCCUUUAGCUUACAGUUAUGUACAAUCGCAUUACUGGGAACAGGGUUUUUUGAGAUACUGGGGGCUGAAGCAGAUACCAAAUUUUAUUCUCGCUGCGCCAGUGACCAUUCUUGUCUUUUUACUGACUGUCCACUAUUACAAGAACAACAGGUUUGUACUUCACAAAUUUCAGAUGAAUGAAUUUAUUAUGGAAAUACAUGUGUCUGAAAGGAUACACAAAGAAGGGGGAAACUACUGCCAUAUUUUUAUCAUUGGGCCCCAAAUCCUUUCUGUGUUUGGAUUGUUUUUUAUCCAUGUCCAGGUUUUAACAAGACUCCUCUUCUCAUCCACUCCUGUGCUAUACUGGUAUGCUGCGUACCUUGUCCUCGGAAAUAUACCAAGACAAAAACAGUACAAUAAAUACGACAUCACACAUUGGUCCAUAGUGCCAGUAGAGAAACCAGAUUACCUCAGUAGAAACUGGAAAAAUCUAGUGACAAAUUGCAUUGAAAAUUUUACUUGCCAACAAUUUGGCGCCAAAUGUGUGAUUGUGUAUUUCUUAAGUUAUUUUGUAAUAGGGAUAGCAUUGUUUUCAAACUUUUUACCAUGGACAUGAUCGUAUUAGAACUGUUUAUACAAGCUGGUUAUCUAUCUCAUUUUUUUACAAUGUUUUUUUUUUUGACCAUUUAGCUGUGAGGUUGAAUUAAUGUUGUCUGGAAUUCGUCGUCAAAUUAGGGGUAUAAAACUUUUUCUGUUGGUCGAAGCUUUAAGGUGCACUACCUGUAUUUCAUGGUUUAAUACAUGUACCAUAAAUCAGUGCAACACUAACUAGUUGUAGCUUUAUCCCCGAAUUAACUGGGAAUUUUCCGAUAUGUCAUCUAAUAACAAAUCAAUCUACUGCUUUUUAUUGGCUUGAUGAUAUCAUAUGAUAAAAAUAAUCUAACAUUUUAUAUUCCCUGUUAUUUUAUAUUUUCACUUUUAUUUUGUCAUUCAUUUUUUUUCUAUAAAUACAGGAUUUAUUGUCAAGGAAGGGUACGAAAAUAUUUGUUUUACAAGUACAUGUAGCUAUACUGUAGCUGCAAGUGAAGUAUUAUCAUUUCAUAUCAAAAUAAGGAAAUAAAUACUAUAUUUU